AUGAUCCUUCACUCAUGCAUGUUCCUGCUGGCCUGUGGAAAACUCAAACCUCAGCUCUUUGUCGUUUGUUCUGUCUUUCCUUUAGACAACAUCUUCAUCUUAGUUUCAGGAUCGUUGGAGAUGUUCUGGUUGCGUUUCUCCUGCUGCCUCCUUCUGGGUUUUUGCUCUCCUGAGGAUGCAGACUCAGCAGCUCCUACGGUCCCCUCGGAGCAACAAUCUGGGGAAGCAGACUUUGAGGACUGGGAGCUGGGUUCUGGAUCGUCUCUGCUGCACCUGCUCCCAGCCGACAGCCCCUUUGUGAUAAACUCCCCAGGACAAGGAGUCAACUGCACACAGCGUUUCUGGUUACCGCCUCACCCUCCAGUCUGCUGGGAAAACGUGGCAGAGCCGGAGGAGUUUGCCAAGUCCCGUCUGCUGGCUCUGCAGAACAGGGCCGCCCUGCAGGCCGUGUCCACUUUGAGCGGAGUGGGGGACGCGGGGGUUUCGUACAACCACCAGGCCAGACAGGAAGUCCAGGGGAUCCUCUCGGACCACCAGAAGGUCAGAGAAACCGUGCAGACCAUGGAGACGGUGUUUGUUUCUCUGCAGCAGAAAAGGAAAGAAGGGAAGGAGCAAGUUGUCCUGACAAGGCUGAACGAUCAUCUCGCCAACACGAGGGACGGUCUCGACCGGAGAGCGCGCACGGCGAGCAGCCUGGAGAGUCACUUUUCUACUUUAGAGAAGAAUCUGUUUCAUUUUCAGCUUCGACUCGCGAAGCUGACCCGACGCUGACGAUUCAUGUUCCAUUCAUGCAGCAGCUAACUAAAUAUCAACCACAAUCCCCUGCAACAUGCUUGUGAAACAUCAUAAAAGUAUAAAACAUC